AUGGACCACUUGGCAGUUGGUCCCAUGGGGUCCCAGGCGCCUGCUUUAUUGGCUUCAUCAGUGGCGCAGCCUACUAACUACAACUUGAAGGACCUCGACGACGAGUCAUUGGCAUACAUCAACAAACUCUUCUCUGAGAGGAUUUACGGUUCCAGCAAUGGCUUGCUUUGUCUGUCAUAUGAAAAAUUGAACGUCAACAGUCCUAUAUGGAUAUAUAACCCAUCACUUAAGAAACGUGUGACCCUACCAAGGACCAGUUUGUUGUGGCAGCUCCUUCCAGGGAGCAGCAUGUCGUGGCGGCCUUUAUUCGGAUAUGGCAUGACUCUUGCAUUCGGGUUCCACCUGGGUUUGAAUGAUUACAAGGUGGUAAGGAAGGUAUCAAUUGAUGUAGAGGAGCUUCUCUCUGCAGUGGAGAUUUAUAGUUUAAGCACAAAGUCUUGGAAGAUGGUUGAUGUAAUUCCUCCUUUGAUAAAGAGCAUGAAGUGGGUUUGUGGAUAUGGAAUGUACGCCGGCAAUGAGGUAUUUCAAGAAAUGCAGCUACUGGAGGGUAUUGCCGGUGGGAUUAACUCUGUUGAGGAGUACAAAGAAUCAAUUUGCUUGUUGCAACUCAACAAGGAUGGGCAAGAGGAGCAUAUUAACAUCUGGAUUCUCCAAGAAAAUUAUUUUAAAAAGUUGGUCACUGUUGGUUUUCCUGGAAUGAGUCUUACCCCAUUGGGAUUUAGAAUGAAAAAUGAACUUCUUCUCGAGCUUCAUGAACAAGAUAGUAAAGGAUCUGAUCUGGCUAUAUAUAAUCUUGAGUCCAAGCAGCUCACUCAAACUGGAAUUAGGUUGGUGAAAAAUUACUAUGAUGCCUAUUCUGUGGCUACUUACGUUGAAGUUUAG